AUGGAAGAAACUGGAAAUUACCCGAAACGAGAGAUUCGAGGAGUCACCGCGCGAGAAAUAUUCAUAUCAAAUGCAAAACGAUUAACGAUUCAUCCUGGAACUUUUUUAAACCAUAAAAAUUUAAAAGUCGUUUCGUUUACGAACCUGGAAAAUUUGGCAAUUUCAAAUUCGGCUUUUCAAAAUCUCACAUCCGAUUCUUUAACGUUUUUAAUCGAGAAUUGUAAAAAUGUCACCAUGGAAGAAGACUCGUUUAAAAAUUUACGUAAUCCACUCUCGGUGACGAUAAUCAAUUGUCAUCGAGUCACGCUUAAAAAAUCAACUUUUAACAAAUUCAAUAAAGUUCAAAUAAAAAACGUCAUCGAUUUGGUGAUGAUGGAAAAUACGUUUUUUUCUUCGAGUGUUAAACAAGAUCUCGAUUCGGCGGAAACGACGAUGUUAUUUUCUAACGCGACCAUCAAUGAAAUUCCAAAUGCGACGUUUCCAUUGAGUUUGGCAAAAAUCCUUUUUGACAAUUGCACGAUUGGAACCGUGAGGAGCGGAGCGUUCAACGGAAUCAUUCUCGCGAGCGUUUCAUUUAAAAAUUCAAACGUUAAAAAAUUUGAAAGCGAAGCGUUCAGCGAAAGGACUCUCAUUCAAAGCGUGGAUUUCGUCGAUACGAACGUCGAGUACGUGGAUUCGAACGCGUUGUCGGCUGCUGCCAGAUUCACGAUUCGAAAUUGCAGAAUUUAUGAAAUGACCAACGACGCUUUCAAUGUCAACGCUGCCUACUUGAAACUUCACGACAACGACUUUUACGUUUUGCGACGUUAUGCGUUUCAAAUUCACAAUUGGAACAGCAUCGUCAUCAGUGGGAAUCGUUUUAGAAUUUUGGAACCUGAUUUUCUCUCAGCUCCGUUUUCAAACAUCACCACCGCGACCACGACCGCCGCCGUCACGACGGAAUUUAUUUUUUCCAAUAACACGUUACCGAACGUCGAAAUCGACGUUUUGGCAUCCCUUCCGCACGAGUCCGAACUCUCCGCGUCGAUACGGGAUAACAUAUUCGAAAACGUUUGUCACUGUCAUUUGGAAACGUGGAUACGAGAAAGGACGGGAAGUUGGUGGGAAAAUUUUUACGAAACUAGUUUUUGUGUCAUUAGUGAACUGUUAGAAGAAUGUUAUAAUAUUAGUAAGGGAUAUAUGAACAUGAAAGAGUACAUGGAAGAAUUUUGCACUCCGGAAAAUAUGAUCGUUUGUAAAGAUUUGCAUAAAAGUCACCGUCCGAAUAUCAUACUGCCCUUAGACCUUCACAACACGGAACGAACGGUGUUGGGAGUCAUAUUUCUCGGAGUCGUGUGCAGUAUCGCGAUCAUGAUUACCAUUUUAUCAAUUAUGUGGUUUAGAAAAAGAGAUAUGUGCGUGAAAAACUCGAGAAAAACUCAAUCCUCUGACUGCUUGUUUUUUUCUCGCUUGUGCAAUACCGGCAAUUUAGUGACGAGCGAUUCCAUAUCGCGAGUUAACAUACACGAAUACGCGGAAAUACAAAAUCAAUUAAAUCAAUCGCAAAAGCAAACGACGACAACUUUAAUUAUAGACGAUGAAGGAGAACAAGAAGAUGAAAUCGUCGACUGCGAGAAUAAAGCGACGCAAACGAUUCCCGAAGAACUCACGCAAGAGCUCAUACAAUCGUUGAGAGAAAAAUUAAACGAUCCUGAAAAUUACAACGAGGCGAGAGACAUGAUCGAACAUUUAUACGAUCUCAUCAAAGUCGAAGAAAGUUGCAAUAACAAUACCGUGAGCCCGAGGAAUUCGUUUACGUUUGAAGAUGACGACGACAACGACGACGACGGAGCCGGCGGUGGAAUUUACGAAGUCAUUCAAACAUCCAAAACGCCAACAACAGUCAAAAGUUUAAGAAAAACCAUAAGGAAAAAUAAUAAUUCUGGAAUUAAAGUUGUCAGCACUGGAACGAGAGCCCCAUCACCCGACAAACUCUCCCCGAUUAAUUUCAACUCCCUAACCUUGAGACCUUUGCCGACGAUCGUGAGCGAUUACGUGGAGCCAAAAGAUAGAAAAUCCAACGAAUAUUGCGAACUCACGUCGAGUAAUCUUAUCAUGCCGGACGUCCUCACAUCGUCCCAAAUCAAGGACAAUAACCCUAACAUGCCAAAAACUCAUAUAUACGCCGAACCAUUAACGUGCCUUACGAAAAAACCUUUGCCAGACAAGCCUCAGCCGGGAACGUCAAAAUCAUAA